AUGACGAGCUCCGAGUCCGUCCCCACGCGCCCCAACUCUGUGCUUCGCGCUUUCCAGUCCCAGGUUAUGAGUCCGACGAGCGACAUCGUCGGACCUUCUCCCGUCACGUCAAACGGCACCGAAACAACAGAGAUCGAAGACGACGAGCCUGCAGAGCCCGGGGAUGAGCCGGCUCGUUUCCAAACACAGGUUGGAAACUCCACGCCUGAGCCGCAGUCACUGAACGACGUGAGAGCUCUUGGAAUAAUGAGUUCUGCGCCCAAUGGCAGUAAUGGUCAACCCUACCACGGUGGUCCUCCGCCAAUUUCGACAGACGUCAAGCCGGUCCGGUAUAGCAUUGAAACGGCCACACCACAGGCCCAAAACUUGGACGAUGUCCUCAGCGACGUUGCGAGGAUGCGUGCCUCGAGUGUUGGCGGCCUUGAGGACAUUCCAGAGCAUCGUGAGACCGAAAAUCAAGAUGAACGACGGUACGAUGACUACGUGACCAGCCCGCACCUCGACGUUGAAGGAGAAGGCGAAAUUGGCGCUCUCCGAGCGGCCCUUGAAGAGUGCUGGACGCUGUGCAACACACUCGCCAACCUCAGCUCUAUCCAUCGUGAACGGGUAUUCAACAGCUCCGGAACCCCCGACGCACACGAAAUGGCAUGGAAAUGCUGCUGGAAAUUGUGUCAGCGACUCUACCAGAGCCGCGACGAGGCCUCGGAUGGCUUCAGUGUCCGUAUAAAUCUGGACCUGUGUCGGGAUUUCUGUCAGGCUUUGUUCGAUGUCCGGCAAAGGCAAGACGAGAUCGGUGACUCGAUCUUGCGAGUCAGUUUUGAACUGAACAACCACCUUUACAGUGCUCAGGACUCUCGGAGCCUGCCCGAACCGUUCAAGGAACGUACCCUGGAUUUCUACAUCACGCUCUGCCACCGCCUCAUGAAGCAGCGCAGCGAACUUGCCGAAGAGACCGACUCUCUUCUCCGUGCAUGCUGGUCUUUGGCUGAAAUGCUGUUCAGCUUACGGCAAAACUCCCGCGAUGGGAAAGCACCAGACGAAGAGCUGCUCGGCUCAGCCGUUCAGGCCUGCUGGGAGCUCUGCGACAUCUUCCGCGAAGGAUGGACCCAGAUUCGCCCAGACCGUGGAACACCACGCCCCAGCCAGAUUACGUUCCAACAGUCAUAUGCCUCGGAUACUGGCAGUGUACACUCGGGAACAACCCGCGUCUCGUCGCUCUCAAAGCGUGACAGCUACCCGGGCCUUCAAGACCGGCCCAACUCUGUUGCUUCCAUGACCUCGACUCGGAAAUCGCGGCAGAGCCAUCCGCCACCAGUUCCGGAGACACCAGUCACCGAGUUUGAAGACACGCCCAUCUCUCCGCAGAGCUCUAGCCCAGUCAUGCCAAACAUCAUGGUUCUUGGAACGAACGGUGACAGCGGAUCCGUGGGUGGUACCAGCGGGCGCGGGCACGGUUCAACCAACGGCAACGGACCCCGGUGGCCGAGCAGCGCGUCUAACCUGUCCGGCUACUCGCAGGGCAGUAACAAGACCAGCAGCACAGCGACGACGGCAACGUCGGCGGAAGACAUCAACAUUGUACGCAUCAAGAUGCUGAUUCUGAAAGCCGCAAUGAACAUCGGCUUUAACCGCGACUCCGCCCUUUCCGACGGUGCGGGCGGCACGAAGUCGCUCCAGUCCUUUGUCAAGAACCUGCCCACCGGCUCCUUUGGCAGUCUUCCUGCACAUGCGACGCUCCUACAGAGCUACAAGAGUCUUGUGCUUGCCGACAACUCGUUCCGGACAACAAACAGCCUACCAGCUCGGGGCCGUCGCGUUACUGCCUCGGAUGCGGCCAAGAGCGUCGGUUGGAUGACCCUGCGCUCCAACCAGUACGGCUUUUUACGAGACCUCUUCCGGUUGGUGUUCAGCUUUCCGCUUGAAGAAGCCGACAGUCGCAAGAACUCGAGCAUCUCUGUCUAG